AUUUUCAUGAAUGAAAUUGUCUUAAGUAUGAGUCACAGGAUUUCUUGGAACCUGUGCACGUUUGCUGGCUACAACCUCUGAAUCACUUCAUCCUUCAUCCCAUUCAGCAUGUAGAGUUUCGCGCCGGUAGUUUUGCCUCCGAAUUUUUUUCAUAAUUGUGUGUUUUCUCAUUCAUAUAUACAGUUUGUUUUGUGUUGUCAUGUAUCCUGGUAUGCAGUCACAGUGGCCCUUCGAGAAGAUCCAAUAUUGGAAGGAUCCCAGUCCCCAAGCACAUGUCGAACAGGAACUGGCGACAAAAAUGCUCCAGAUUCAGAGCAAACGAUUUUAUUUAGAUGUCAAACAAAAUCGGAGAGGUCGCUUUAUCAAAGUUGCAGAGAUCGGAGCGGACGGUCGUCGGUCCCAAAUCUUCCUGGCCCUCUCCACGGCCGCAGAGUUCAGGGAUCACCUGUCCGCCUUCAGCGAAUACUACUCAUCACUGGGGCCCCCUAAUCCCGACAACGUGCCAGAGGACGGCAAGCUGAAGAGCGAGAUGAUGAUGAAGGACAACAGACGUUACUAUCUGGACCUGAAGGAGAACGCCAGAGGCCGCUUCCUGCGCGUCUCGCAGACCAUCACGAGGGGAGGGCCUCGCUCCCAGGUCGCCAUACCCGCCCAGGGCAUGAUCGAGUUUAGGGACGCGCUCACGGAUCUCUUGGACGAAUUUACUCAGGACGAACACGCUUACAAACACGACCUGCCCGAAGGGAACCAGAUGCAUGUCGACAACAAGAAUUUCUACUUCGACAUCGGCCAGAACAACCGCGGCGUGUACAUGCGCAUCAGCGAGGUCAAGACGAACUUCAGGACCGCCAUCACCCUGCCAGAGAAGAGCUGGCCCAGGUUCCGGGACAUACUGGCCGACUACUGCGACAAGCUGAACAAACCCCUCGGUUCCCAGGGCCAGUCCGGGGGACAGGGGGUCAGUUCCGGUCCCGGUUCGGAUCAGCACACAUUGGUGGGAAACAAUACUCAGCAAGACACCGGGACAAGUUUAAAGUAGGCGUCUCUGCCAUUUUAGACUAUUAGAUUUAUUAAUAUAACAAAUUAUAAAAUUGGACAGUAGCGCCAUUAGUGUCUCGUCUCGGUCUGUGCAUCCGAUGAUUCACCACGUGGAAGAAAAUAACAAGUAAAUCUCGCUGACAAAAUAAAAUAAUUCGAUUGAGAAACGGAUGGGACGAGACCCUAAUGGCAAAAAUUUGAUUCGACAGUUGGUUUUCAGAGCAGUGUUUUAAAACACUAUAAAUGUUAGAUUCUCUAUUAUAUGUUGAAAAUAUUACAAAAAAAGAUGAAUUGUUUAUUUAGCUGAUUUUUAAGUUGUUAAUAUUUGGGAUGGAUCUGUGUAAGUUUGAUCAGGAAAACAUUGAAGAAUCGAUAAGGGCACCACAAUUAGUGUUUUUCGAAAUUGAUAGAAUUUGAAAGGGUUUUCGCUAAAGAAUUUUCUAAAUAGAUGUUAUAUUUCGAUUUUAAUUAUAUUUUGAUCGGUUCAUGUUUAUGAUGUUUCUGUGAUGUUAAAUUAUUUAUGUAUUUAUAAUAAAGAUCUUUUAUUUAUUUA